ACGUGAGGUUCAAAUUCUCCAUGGAAAAAAAAAAAAACAGAGGCUUUUGAAAACAAUUAUAAUCCAGCUUCCGCUUGCUCAAUGAAACACCCACAUCGGACAUACUCUCAGUAGACUGAGCUACUGAGCUUUUCUGCUCUAAAGCUUUGUUCAAUGGCGAAGCCAGUUUCAAUUGAGGUUUGGAACCCAAAUGGGAAAUACAGAGUGGUCAGCACGAAACCGAUGCCCGGAACCCGAUGGAUUAAUCUCUUGAUCCAACAAGAUUGUCGUGUUGAAAUAUGCACUCAGAAGAAAACAAUCUUAUCUGUUGAAGAAAUUAUUGCUCUGAUAGGCGAUAAGUGCGACGGAGUCAUUGGACAGUUAACUGAAGAUUGGGGAGAGACACUGUUCUCUGCGCUGAGCAGAGCAGGAGGAAAAGCCUUCAGUAACAUGGCUGUGGGAUACAACAACGUUGAUGUCAAUGCUGCCACUAAGUAUGGUGUUGCCGUUGGAAACACUCCUGGAGUAUUAACAGAGACGACGGCAGAGUUAGCAGCCUCACUUUCUUUAUCAGCAGCUAGAAGAAUCGUUGAAGCAGAUGAGUUCAUGAGGGCUGGCUUAUAUGAUGGAUGGCUUCCUCAUCUUUUUGUGGGAAACUUGCUUAAAGGACAGACUGUUGGUGUAAUUGGAGCUGGUCGUAUUGGUUCUGCUUAUGCUAGAAUGAUGGUUGAAGGGUUUAAAAUGAAUCUGAUUUACUUUGACCUAUACCAAUCAACCCGUCUGGAAAAGUUUGUCACAGCCUAUGGUCAGUUUCUAAAAGCCAAUGGUGAACCACCUGUGACUUGGAAGAGGGCAUCAACCAUGGAUGAGGUGCUUCGCGAGGCUGAUGUGAUAAGUCUUCAUCCUAUCCUGGAUAAAACAACUUAUCAUCUUGUCAACAAAGAAAGACUUGCAAAGAUGAAGAAGGAAGCAAUCCUGGUGAACUGCAGUAGGGGGCCUGUGGUUGAUGAGGUAGCACUUGUGCAGCAUCUGAAGGAAAAUCCCAUGUUUCGAGUUGGUCUUGAUGUCUUUGAGGAUGAACCGUUCAUGAAACCUGGGCUUGCUGACAUGAAGAAUGCAAUUGUGGUACCUCACAUAGCUUCUGCUUCCAAGUGGACUCGGGAAGGAAUGGCAACACUGGCUGCUUUGAAUGUCCUGGGAAAAAUUAAAGGAUACCCGAUUUGGGGUGAUCCAAACCGUGUAGAGCCAUUCAUGAACGAGAAAUCUCCACCACCUGCAGCAUGCCCAAGCAUUGUCAAUUCAAAAGCUUUAGGUUUACCUGUUUCAAAGCUGUAAGCACAGACAGCUUGAUAUGUAUGGCCUCUUGGUGCAGAUAUACGUACUGAAGCUGUAUGGGUUGUAUCGAGUUUUUCUUUUCUAAGGAUAUCUCAUAAUCUGUAUAUUAGCUUAUGAAGAAUGUUGAUAACAUUGUAUAUUUGCUACAUCAUCUUUUACACAAACAAACCUAUCUACUUAACUUUUCUGAUCAGGGUGUGGAUAUCUGAAUGUGCAUGCUUGGUUGAUACUGGAGAUGUUGCCAGGGGGGUCCGCUGAAACGUAAAUUUUUAUAUCAAGCAUGAUAAAUUCGCAUAUAAUGUAUGGGUUAUGGUUAUUACAACUGUGUAACUAUGUGUGUCAAAUAUAUGCUGUGUGUUUACUGAUUGAUAUUUCCUUGCCAAUUACAGGAAAAAAAAAAAUAUAUAUAUAUAUA